AUGAUGUCUAACAGCGAGGAAGUUGCUUUCAAGUUGUCCGAUUGUUGUGUUCUUAAGAUCGUUAAAGGCGACAUCACUAGUUGGUCCGUCGAUGGCUCCUCCGAUGCUAUUAUAGAGGAAAGUAGAUUGGUUCAGGUGAACCCAGCAAAUGGGCGUAUGCUAGGUGGUAAUGGUGCAGAUGGAGCCAUUCAUGAUGCUGCUGGGGCACAGCUGAGAGCAGCGUGUUAUCAAGUCCCAGAAGUUCUUCCCGGAGUCCGUUGUCCCACCGGAGAAGCAAGAAUUACGCCGGGUUUUAACUUGCCUGCAUCUCAUGUGAUUCACACUGUUGGACCCGUUUACAAUGCCGACAAGAAUUCUAAGAAACUCCUAGAAAACGCCUACAGGAACAGUAUGAUAGUGGCUAAGGAGAAAAACAUUCAGUACAUUGCAUUUAUUGCGAUAUCUUGUGGUAUUUUCAGGUAUCCUUUGGAUGAAGCUGCGUCUAUAGCUAUCUUCACGGUUAAGGAGUUCGGCAAAAAUUUUAAAGAGGUGCAUUUUGUUAUGUUUAGCGACGACACAUACACUAUGUGGGUGAAUAAGGCAAAUGAUUUGGCACCAUUGCACAGAACAAACAAAGCAGGCUUCUUCAGUAACCUCAACUGUUGUUUUAAAACGGUUUAG